AUGUCACAAAUUGCUGGUCGCAAAGAGGCUGGCUGUGAAGACACGAAAAUUGACGUCAAAAGACCCAAGCUCGAAAGGCCUGAUGCAGAGCCCAUGUUCCUGCGCCCUCCAUUUCGUCAAACACCUGGCCCUGUCACAGCUUCCCAGAAUUACAUACGAAACCUAAUUCUGGAGCGUUGGGAGGCAGAAGUGAAGGCCUGCGAGCAAGCAAAAAAACUGCAACUGUUAGAAAUAGCACCAGGCCCAGCUAUUAGUAUCUUACAAGCGAGCAUACGAAGGCUCGUCAUUGAGCGCUGGGAUGUGGAGGUGAAACGGUGCGAGGAAGCCAAACGGGCGCAGCUUUUAGAGACGAGGAAGAUUGUAAUGGAGGUUGUGUGUUGGGAACUAGGCAAGAUAUGGAAUGGCAGGAUCUUUGCCUAUCUUACUGUAGACGGAAUGGCGGGCAGGAUCUUUGCCUAUCUUACUGUAGACGGAAUGGCAGGGCAAGAUACGGAAUGGCAGGACGGAAUGACCAGGGUAAGCACACCUCAUGGAUCAUCCUCAAAAAAAAAACCCGUACCUGGUUGCGACUUGGCGCAUGGAUUGAGUCUAAAUGAGGCCGUAACUUUGGCAUACCGAUUGAGUCUAAACAAGGCUGUAAUCCGUAGGAUAAGCACACCCCUCCCAAUCAACAAACCCAGCCACGCACCUCAUGGAUCGUCCUCCCAAUCAACAAAACCAGCCAAGACUUGCCGUACUUUCCAACUCAUUAAGGGUUGUGUGGUGUGGUGUGGUGUGGUGCUCGGAUCUAGUUGUGGCGCAGCGCCCGGUAACUGCGCCCAGUUUAAGUCUAGACCAGGCCAUUGA